CGCCCGCGCGCACCACGCGGGACUGGGAGGGCCCUGAAGUGGCGCCCCAGGUGGCCGCGGCGCUGCAGGCCGCCCUCGCCCCCAUCGGCGACGAGGAGAUCAGCAUCGACGCCUCCUUCGGCGCCCUCAAGUCGGUGCGGGGCGCCCGCGCUGCCGGCGCCAGACCAAAGAACAAACGCCGCCCCAUUUCCAGCAGCGGUUACCCGCUGCCCCCUCGUCAGCCGGACGUCCCACUCUACCCCAAGUCUCGGGGCCUCGUGCCCAAGUGAAGACAUCGUCCCUAAUGUCCUCCAGCCUCACUCAGUCCUUCAGGCCCACGCACUCCCCCAGUCUCACCGAGUUUCUACUGCUAGAGGCGUCCUCCCCUCUUCUCGUGCCUUGUUGUCUUGGUCGUCCAUGUUCUCCCCUGCGCGCAGACCACGACUCCUCUCACUAUCAAAGAUCCGAGAAUCAUUUUCACUCUGAAGAAGAUUUUUGGUUGCUCGGAGCUCCUUUGCUGUUCUCUGCUAAACCGUCUUCUGGAGUGACUAAGUGUCUUCCUCUUCCAGCUGACACACAGCCUUUGCAGCAACACAAAGCCAUCAUUCUCGUUGAGCCUCACGAAGGCCUCUCUGGGCCAGGCGUUGAGCCUCACGAAGGCCUCUUUGGGCCAGGCGUUGAGCCUCACAAAGGCCUCUCUGGGCGAGGCGUUGAACCCCACGAAGGCCUCUCUGAGCAAAGCAGUGAGCCUCACGAAGGCCUCUCUCGUCCAAGCAAUGAGCCUCACGAAGGCCUCAUGCCUCUUGCUUCUAUUCAGACCAAGCACCUAACAUUUGGCAACGAAUUAACCAUGUCUUACAUAAAGCAGGAUUGCCCGUCAGACGUUGCACUCAUUACCUCAGACGAACGAGAGAAAAUUCUGCAUUGUAAAAUAUCUGGGACAAUAACUUCAGAUCCUCUAAAAUCCGUCAGUAAAUCCAACAAUGACUCAGAUAAUUACAAAUUCCAGGACUUAGAUGCAAAAAUAUUGUAUGCCGAUCCAUUCAACAGUAAGGUAAAGGAUGAAGGCCGAAUGAAUAACGAUACUGAAUCCAUUAUCUGUACAUGUGUACCAGGUAACGUCAAUCAAAAUCUACUAAAUGAUUCAGAUGAACUGUGUGGAUUUACAGCUGUCGCUAAAUCGAUUUUAGGGCGAGGUAAAGGCGUAGCUUACGACACCCCUACCCACGUACAGCAGACGGGUUUCGGCGCCCUUCUGCAGGCCACCAGCGACGAGUACUCUUCCUCCGAGGCUGCGAGCGACAGUUCUUCUCCACAACAAUCUGAGGACGAGAGCGAUUAUUUAGCCCUGCUUGGGCUGCUGGGAGCCGACGAUUCAGACCUGAGGGAAUUCGCUGAAUUGCAUCGUGGGAGGAGGCCGAGAAGAGGAACCGAGUUCGGUUCGUUGAAAAAUGCUCAAACUACUGUGCUGGCAGAGCUUGCAGACGAGGAGUCCGACGGUUCCUGCACGUACCCUCCAACCAAAUUCGAUGUUCCUUGUGCUGGCAGGAGUUUGCCUGUGAGGAAAGAACUGUUUUGGGCUGGCAUUAAAGCUUUCAGUCCCUUGGAAGAUUCUCAUCUUGCAGGCAAAUCGUUGCUAAAACCUUCAUUCGAAUUAUCCCAUUUUCACCGAGAAGACGAUGGAACGGAGCUAACGUGCCUGGAAGUAAAUAAUGAAGCUGACAAGUCAUCCCUGCCUGCCUCGAGUUUUUUCUCUCUCAUAUCUUCACUAAUUGGCGUUGACCAAAAUUCCGGUACGCACGAGUCCGACGCUAAAUUGCACCGUAGAACACCGCUAAGCGACAGCCCACUCUCAUCCUUAACUUCUGGUUUGUUUCCCGUUGGUUUUGCUCGUCGUCGAGACGGGUUCAGUCGAUGCCCUUCAUUAAAACGACUGCUGAAAAAGCGCUCACCGUCGCUCUUCAACAAGCUGGCUGCUGAGAAUGAAUCAUACAGAAAAGCACCGCGCGAUGUCAAUGUUCCAAGUAGUUCCUACCAGGCAGCUCAGGACUACUUAAGUUGCUUGAGGUAUCCUGCUCGCCUCACCCGACGGUACGACAGUUUGGUGAGGAUGAAACUACUUAAAGCUCAUCGACUUUUGCAUUCACGUCGGGCACCGCUUCUGCCCUCCGAUGUGCCUGGACACUCAGGACCAAAAUCUGCUAUCAAAAGACGAAGUUUCAUCCGGGAGUUGUUCCCACGCAUGCCUGGCGACAAUUUCCCGGUCUUGUUCCCCGAAUUCAAAGAUGAUCAAAUUUGUGCAACCAUUGUAGAACCAAUAGACUUCGUGAUUCAAAAAUUACACCGAAAUCUUGUGUAUUCAGAGAGAAAACAAAAUUGGCUUAUCAGACUCAGCUGCUUGACACGCAGGAACGUUGCUGCCGCUGCUGUGAGGAGUCCGGCUGCAGAAAAUAAAUUUUCUGAAACAAACAGUUCGUUUGAAGCAAACGACGUAGCUUUUUCACAUGAAGUUCCUGCGCGUUUAAAAUUUUCGAGAGAAGGCGAAAGCAGUAAGUUCUCUGAUGAUCUAAGUCUCUCCACGAUUGGAAGUUGGAGUAGCAGCUCGACAAGCUUGCACUUGCCAGAAUUUAGGUAUCAUUUCGGCAACUCUGGAGCAGUGGAGCGCGUCUACUGGAGACUUUCUAUUGAGUCUCGACAGCGCGUGACUUUCCUGCUCCAGCUCUACUUGUCUGCGCUCUCGGGCCAGAAUUGUUCGCUUGCAGCUUAUCGGCAGAGCAGCUUUGCUUACAACUCACUCUUGAGAACAAACUCAUGCUUAUUGCCUAUCGAAUCUCCAAAGGGAGAUUCUUCCAAUUCCUUAGUUAUUCGCAACGAAGCACUUUCGCUGAUCCUCGUCCCACCGAUCGAUGCUGUCAGAGUUCAUUAUGCUCCAUCAGUAAGCGUCCCUGGAAGACGUUUCAAGAAACGGAAAAAAAUUCCUUCAUUAAGGCCAAAACCUCUUAUUGAUCUCGCCUUCUCAACUAACUGCGCUGCCAAUUUCCGUGAUCCUCUACACGCGUCUCUCUUCAGAUUAUCAUCUGUUCAAGACGCUUCUAUUUCGCGAUCGCCUAUUGGUGCCGCAACGUUCUCUCCUCACCUCCCGCCAACUCCAUCACUUACUCCCGUGUGGAUACAAGCGCACUGCUUGUAUUUCUCGAGUACCUCGCCUCGUCGCCCGCCAUACUUGAGGUGUCAGGACAGUUUUGGCGCCUCGGAGUCGCACCUCAGCCGCCCAGCCGCCGCUUUCUGCCUCUUCUGUCUCUGGAUGUUUUUCAUGCGACUGGCGGACGGCUUCGUCAGCUUCCUCAUGUUUCUAUUCACUUUUUUAUGAACUUUACGCGCUUAAACUUCAUUUUGAUUAAAAACGGCUUGAUUGACGGCUAGGUUGUGUAAGUCUUUCGUCAUCUUCGCCAUGGCAUGACAAACUUUACUGAGCACAUCGCUCGGUAAUAGUGGAACGAACGCCCCACUUUUAAGUCGUAUACUGUGCGUGAGAUCACAAACUAAGCAACGAACUUCAAGGAUUAAGUUGUGUCCGAAAUUUUAUCCUCUUACAGUUGCGAAAAUACAAUGCAAGCCGACCAAACUUACGAUAGCUAUGAUGUUUAUUUAGAAAUUGUCAAUCACAUUUUGUUAGUACCGUAUGACACAUGCCUUAACACAAUUGAUAUGUAAGCACAAAUUCCACUCAUGUAAAUUUAACUUCAAUUCGUAAUUACUUAUAAUUUUUACCUAGCACUACUGCAGUUCUUAUGCCUCUCGUCUCUAUUGUUGUGUUAUGUUUGUUGAAUUAAUUCGUGAGUUUUGCCUGAACAACCACCGAGGGGGCUCAGGCUUCAGCAGCCUUGUAGCUAUCUAUUCUUAAGAUGAUUUUAAGCUAACAAAUUCUUAUUAGUAUGUCAUUAACAAUGUAAAUUUGAUAUAGUAUAUCCGAUUGUAUGUUUUGCGUGUAAAUUUUCUUGUUCGGUCUCGUAGCGUUGAAUGUAGCUCCUAGGCUCAUGUUGUUAAUCUUUAUCGAAUUUCCUCAGAAAAUUUUAAUUCCGUUGAAUUGGCAUAGGAAUUUAAUUUUAUGGUUUAUUAUUCGUUGCAUAAUUUAAUGGAGAUUGUUCAUGAAAACAUUAUCGUUAAUGCUAUAAUUUCUCUUUCACUCCUCUCAUGCUGCCUACAGUGCCAGCGUUUUAUUCGUCACUUUCGAGUAGGGAUAUUAAGCUGCUGUAAAUAACGUAUUCCAGCGAUGCACUAACAUUCUCUUAAGAGACCUCUUGAGUAUCCUGCGUUAUAAGAGAGCGAAAUGCUCGACUCUUAGCUUGAGUUCUGCUGCUCCCCGUUGUAUGUUUUAUUUUUAAAUUAAAUACCGGUACUGUUAAUUUCCAUU